GCGCAAACCUCCCCCUCUCCAUAACUGUUUUAAAAUUAGUAGGGGGCGAGGAGGUGAAAGCGAGGGGCGGCCCUCCUGCGCUCGGAAUGGAGGUGAGCGGACGAGACGAUGGUGAUCCUCCAUAGCCUGGAGGAAAGAAAUUAAACUGCAACAAUAACAAAAAAAUGACUGCAGAAUUGGAUCCAGAGGCACUUGGAAAGAAGCUUCUAGACCUCUGUCGUUCUUUAAGUCCAGACCUCACAGAAGUGGAAAAAUUAAUUGCUGAGGGAGGAUUGGUUGAUUUUGUUGAUGAUGACAUGAAAACCCCUCUUUUUUUAGCUGCAGAUCAAGGUAAUGAACGGCUAGUUGAAUUGCUCUUGAAGAACAAAGCCAAUGUUAACUAUCAGAUUGAGAGUUUCGGUUGGUCACCGCUCCUUACCGCUAUACAAGCAAAUCAUGAAAAGGUUGUGCAUUUAUUACUGGAGAAUGGGGCAGACCCACAUCUCAGGAAGAAAAAUGGAGCCACACCAUUCAUUAUUGCUGCGAUAAUUGGCCAAGUGAGUUUGCUCCAGCUGCUUCUGUCUCAUGGUGCAGAUGUCAAUGAGGCUGAUGCCAAUGGCUUUACUGCCUUUAUGGAAGCAGCAAUAUAUGACAAGGAGGAUGCCCUACGUUUCCUGUUUGAUCACAAAGCGGAUGUCAACAAGCACAGGGAAGUGCCUGCUGCCAAACAAACGGUGGGCAGGGGUGGAAAGACUGCUCUCAUGAGUGCUGUGGAAAAAGGCCAUGAAAAUAUUGUUAACAUCUUGUUAGAUGAAAUGCACGCAGAUGUUAAUGCAGUUGACAACCUUGGCAGAACAGCUUUAAUUUUUGCUUUGGAGAAACACAGCAAGUCAAUUGUGGAAACUCUGUUGAAACAUGGGGCUUGUGUAAACAACACAGACAAUAACAAAGAAACACCUCUGAGCACUGCUUUGAAAAAUGUUAAACUGGACAGUAGUGUGGUGGAAAUGCUACUAAAAUAUAAACCAGAUGUAAACAUUCCAGACCAAGAUGGGAAAACACCCCUGAUUCUUGCAAUAGAAAAUGAGUUCACAAAUGUGGUUGAACUGCUCCUGAAGGAUUACAAAGUUGACCUCAACGCACAAGACAAAUCCGGGCAGAGUGCCCUCAUGGCAGCAGUGAAUAAGAAAAAUGCCAUGUUGACUAAAAGGUUGUGUGAAAGGGGAGCUAAUGUUUCCUGCACUAAUGCUGCCGGGUAUACACCUAUAUCUGUGGCCAAAAGACUGUAUGCUACUGAAAUUAUAACAAUAUUGAAGCAGCAUGAUGUAAUGAAUAUUAAACCAAAUGUAGGAUCUUCAUCCAAAUGGAAAAAGUGCAGUGAACGUUGGCAUACAAAACUGGAGAAACUGCAGAAAGUUGAACGUGAUCCUAUUGGGAACCUUAAACUGUUUAGGAUUGAUGAUUUUAAGAUCACCACAGACAACACACCUGAGGUCUAUCUUGGUUUCUAUAAUUGUGAGACUGAGGUGGCAGUGAAAUGCCACAAGAGGUCCUGUGAAAAACCCACAACGGAACAGUGUUGCCUCAGAGAGCCGAAGAUCGUGGCAAGCAAUCUGUUUGUUAAACUGCUGGCUUGUGAAACAGACAAGUAUUAUGAAAAUCUGUGCCUGGUUCUCUAUGAGUAUAAUCUGGAAGAAUGCGUGCGUCAGCAACCUGAAAAAAUUCAACUGAAACCCCCAGAUAUUAUGCAGCAGUUGGUCAAGGCGCUUCAGAUAUUGCACACAGCCAAGUUCGCACACCGGGAUUUGCAUCCGUCUAAUGUCCUCAUAGAUGUUGAAAACCGUAUACACCUGGCAGAUUUUGACAAGAGUGUGUGUUUUGAUAAAAAUCCAACUGUGAAGAUAUCAUCCCCAGGGACCUGGGAGGCUUCCGAAAUCCUUCAGAAACUGAAACAACAGCAAACACCAACCUUUGAAGCGAGUGAGCUAUUCAAAGCAGAUCUACAGGCUUUGGGACGGCUACUGCACUUUCUAGUAACUCAAGGAAAAGACCCUUAUGAGAGUGAUGAUGAUUUGUGUGAGAAUAAGCCAUCCCUUGACAAGGAAUUGUACAACCCCAGGAAUGCUGAAGUCCGAGAUUUCAUUGAGAGGUUGCUAGCUCCGGCGGAGACCCGGAUUACGCUCCAGGAGGCUGAGCAACAUCCGUUCCUGUGGAAAGAAGCAGAGAAGAGCAAGUUUGUCCAAGACCUUGCCAAUGAAGAUGAUGUAACAAAACGGAAACAGGAUAGUGAGCUAGUAAAGAUUCUGAAUAAGGCCGGCGAGAACAAGGAAAGAUCAUUUCACACGUGGACAGCAGAGAUUGACACGGAAGUUUUGGAUGACAUGAACAUGGGUCAUAGGAAGAAGCCAAGCGGGAAAGUAAGAAGCCAAUACAAAGACAACACCAAUGAUCUCCUGAAAUUCAUAAGAAAUUUGACCCAACAUUUCAAUGAAAAACAUGAAAGUAUCAAGAAAUUAGUUGGAAGCCCAGAGACGUAUUGGCUUUGCCGUUUUCCAGAUUUCAUCAUCUCGCUCUACAACGCUGUGAAAGACACUCAAUGGAACCAUCACUUUCCAAACCAACAACGGCAGCUCCUGCUGCCAACGCCGCCUCCCUCUGGUGGUGAUGCACAGGACUGUUGAGCUGUCAGUCAGCUCCCCAUGCUUCAAAGUGCAAUGCACCAAGAGAAAUAGUGCUUAUUGAGUGCAUUUCAUCCCCUCGGGAUGUCAAUGAUGUUUGGCAGACAUAUUGGCAGCCAAUUUAAGGAAAUUGGUCUGCAAAUAGACAGUUUUCAGCCUCUACAAGUCACCCCACCCUCCCCAGUCAAUAUCAUUGCUACGUGUGUCGCUUGUCUCUUUAUCACACAUAUUCAAGGGUCAAGAGUGUUUUAUUGCCAUAUGUCCCAGAUAUUUCCUUACUUGCUGCAGCACAACAGAAUAUGUAAACAUAGUACACUGUAAACAAUAUAAUAAACAAGAGAGAAAAAAAGUUCAGUGUGUAUAUAUAUAUAUAUAUAUAUAUAUGCACACACAUAUAUAUGUUACAUAUAUAUAUUUACAUAUACACACAUAUCUUUCCAUCCUUUCCACUUCUCAACAUGUUUGUUUGAACACAUUUCCCAGUUCUGUUAGUUACCGGCCCUAAAUAAUAACUUAUUCUCCCUGCAGAUGCUGCCGGACCUUCUGAGUGUUUCCAGCAUUUUCUGGUUUGAUUAUGGGCCUGAGAUCAUUGACCCCCAAGAUCGGCAUCUGUAGGUGAUCAUUAAUCUGAUAGCAAGGCAGGGUUUGAACCCACAACCUACAGACCUGGAGGAGAGCUUUCUCUCCAUUUUACGCAGCUCCCAUGGCAACUUACAUAAUCAUUUAACACCAACAGUGUCUCAACCUCCUCCCUCCAUUCACCUAAUUUUACCUACAGCACAGGGGAAAGGCAGGGGACUAGAAUAUAGAUUGCAGGGAAAAGAGUGGAGGAACAAAGGUCUGGGUUGGGGAAGUGAGGUGGAAGCUGAGGAGGCCAGAAUGACUAAGGACAUGUCGAGUGGGAGGCAGGAUAGUGUGUCAGGCAGGGUAGUGUAGAUCCAGAAGUGGCCUGGGUUGGGUUAUCCAGGAGGUCGGGUGGUGGUGUAUCAAUUUAACUCGUUCUCCCCCACUUGACUUCCUCCCUUUCACAUAUUCUACACUAAUUUCUCUGUCUCCCCAUUUCUUUAGGCAAGUUUCUUUCUUGGUUUAUUUUUUCCUCCUUUCUCUCCCAGCGUAUCAAUGCUGUGCUUUUGGCAACAGAGUGGGAAAGAAUAAUGUCACUUUUCAUUCAUCCUUUGCUUACACACAGCUCUACCUCAUCUCUUAAAGCAUAGUAUACAAACUUAAAGCACACGGCAUUGGGGGUUCAGUAUUGAUGUGGAUAGAGAACUGCCUGACAAACAGGAAGCAAAGAGUAGGAGUAAACGGGUCCUUUUCAAUGGCAAUGACUAGUGGGGUACCGCAAGGCUCAGUGCUGGGACCCCAGCUAUUUACAAUAUAUAUUAAUGAUCUGGAUGAGGGAAUUGAAGGCAAUAUCUCCAAGUUUGCGGAUGACACUAAGCUGGGGGGCAGUGUUAGCUGUGAGGAGGAUGCUAGGAGACUUGGAUAGGCUGGGUGAAUGGGCAAAUGUUUGGCAGAUGCAGUAUAAUGUGGAUAAAUGUGAGGUUAUCCAUUUUGGUGGCAAAAACAGGAAAGCAGACUAUUAUC